UGAUGCAUGUAGUAUUUCACAUACUCAUUGCGCCUAAUAAAAACCGCAAACAGUGUCACACAUUCAGGUGGAGUGCUUUAGUACAGGUAUGCGGUAUGUUGUGAGUGGAGUAGAGCGGACACAACAUUAUGGUGUUUCCAGGGUAAUAUAUUUUUCGAAAAAUAACUUUCCACAACAUUAGCUUAAAUAAUAACACAGUUUACAGCUCGUUGCUACCCAAACAUAGCAAAAACAGUCGGUCAACCUUUCUUAUAUUUCAGAGAAUGUUCCCAGAGAAAGUUUAAAAAAGAAAAUUGAUUUUUGCACCUAAAAAAUAAAAAAAAAAUUAAAAUGAUCAGGUAAGGGUCAGAGUAAGAAAAAAACUGUAUCAUGAAUUAAAGUCAGAAUUUAGCGUUAAGGUCUCAAAAUAUCUUGUAUUUAUCGGAUUAGUAUGCCCAGUUUCUUUUAAAAUAUAAUCAGCAAUGUUAAAUGAGAUGAGAUAAUUCUUGCAUGGUAUAAGUUUCAUGUUUUGAUGAAAAGAUUUUUGUCACCAUAUAUUUUAGCCUGAGGCAUAUCUAGCAGGUAUAAAGAAAAAUUUUUAUACCUGAAGAACACCACGACAUUUUUUUGUUGUUGACAUUAUAUGUAGCUAGCUACACAAAAAGGAAGUAGUUUAAAGCUAGCCAACCGGGAAAGAAAAAAUAAUGGUACAAAUACUUUUGUUGUAUAUUAGUCUGUGAUAUAACUGACAUAAAUGAACAAAAAUUGUUUUAUUCUUGCUGCAAGCUGCACAUCAUUUCUCUUGUUGAUACUGUUUAGACGUUAGAAUGAAGUGUAGUUAGUUCCUUGUAUGUGGAUAGAUUAAGUUAUGUGUGAAAACCUGUUUACAUCCUCAACUGCAUGGUUUUCGACAAGUGUUUCAUCAAACACAAAAAACAAAUGGGAACAACACGGUGGAAAAGUGGUUAAGUCAACAAAGGAUGCAAAUUUUUUAUUUAGUGAUGACAGUACCAGUGAAGAUACAAAACGGGCGUUCCAAACUAUCCAUCACGACGUUGUAAUAUUCAAAUCAACAUGGAUUGAACAGGCUAUAUUGAUCUCCCAGGCUAGUGACAAUGCAGCUAAUAAAAGUCCUUGCGUAACUGGUAUCGAGAAAUUUGUUUUGAUGCCAGAAUCAGUCCAAAAAGAAUGGGAUAUGUAUACGAAUGAAGAAAGAUACAAAGAGUUCCUGAAAAAUCAAAAAAUGAACAUGGAGAAAGAAUGGAAGUCCUUUCAGCAGGAGAAAUUUCCACCACGCACCUAUGAUAAUUCAGCUACAUCAACUCGCAAAAAUACUUUUGCUAAAGACCAACCAUCCUAUACAAAAAAUAUUACCGUCGCUAAGCAACCAACCCCCAGCGGAACUACUUGUACUACUCAUCCAUCAAAGAAAACAAGCGGAACAGCAAGCAGGCAAUCGACUCCAAAAAAUACUGUUGUGAGGGGCAAACCGCCUAGUGCAAAGAAAGUCCCUACCGCAAAGUCUAAAGUUCCGCGUUCUUCAACGAAAUCACGUGUACAAGAAGUAGCGCGUAACGCCUGCUUGAUAUCGCAAUCAGAAGAAUCAAGUCAAGACAGUGAUGGUGAGUUGAGAAAAACGACAAGGAGGAGACGAAAAUCGGAGGGCCGGAAGAAACUCGAAACAGACUCCGAGCGUGAGAGUGAUUCUGGUGACGUCGGUGUUCACCAAGACAACUUGAAGUACGAUUUGCGUGUCCGUACACCAGUACGAAAGGAAGAGAAAUACUUACUACGGAGGAGGGGCGGUAUUGCUGAACCUGACUUUACCAACAGUAAAAACGAAACUUCAAAAAAUGCCGCCGGCGAUUUUUCAACCGAAGAGGAAGACAUGGAAAUUGAAAGUAGAAGUAAUAGGAGUCGAAUGACACCGCGUAAUGGCACUCCUGCGCGAAAUUAUCAAAGAAAAAGAAAUGACACUGCUCUCGAAAAAAGGAGGAGAACGACUUCACGUGGCGACUCUCCUACGCGGAGUGAUCAACCUACAUUGGGGAAAAGUAAAAAGACUAAAUUAAAACCUGCCUUAGAAGUAGCAUCAGACCAACCUGAUAACCAUGAUAAUGGAAAAGUGUAUGAAGAAACCUACCCAGUACGAAACCGACAGAAGAGUAACGGGAAGCUGGAUUCUGUUGUUGAUACCAUGGAAGUUACGCCGAUGUCCGGAAGGCGUAAGCGAAAGUUAUAUAGUAGUUCCUCAAAUACACUUCUUGAUGAAGAAACGCCUGGAGACGAAGUAUGUACACCAACCACUAGGACAAAGGGUGCUGAUGAGCAGCUCAGUCCGAAAGAAAUCCAUGAACUUCUUAAUAAAGAAACGCAAAGCAUGGUUUUACUCUCUGGUGGUAAGAAGAAGUCGCUAGAUAAUUAUCAGCGACAAAGCAUAGAAAGUGACGGCGUCAGACGUGAAAGUAUCGUAAAUUACACGAAUGAGCGGAUCGUUACGUCGCGUGAAGCAACAAUGCAAGAACACAUUAAGGUGAUUGAACACAAAAAGAUUGGUGAAAAAGGAAUACAAGAUUUCACAUACGGUGCCUUUACCGCUUUCACUCAUAUAGAUGAUCUCGAUGUCCCAAAUGUACCGAUAUAUGACUUCAUUGUAAACAAAAAUGGUUGUCGAGUCAAGCUUGCAACCCCGCUUUAAUAAACCUUCCGAAUUAGCGUGCUGUUAAACGCAGUUAUUGCACCCUGUUGGAUUCAAUUCUGAGUAUUAGAACCAAGUUAGUUGUUAUAGCAAGUUAUGUUUUAGGUUGUAAAUAUGUAUAUUUUUUGUAAAUGGUUGUUAAUGUUAAAAGAAUUAUAUAUAAACUCUGCACAAA